GACCCUGAGGUUAAUCUCCUGUAAACUUACAAGUUGACUUCCUACUUACAAGUUAUACGUUAAACAAGUUUUAUUCAAUAUUUGGCCAAUAAAAGAUAUGAAUGAGGACCACGUCGUUCACUCUCGAGGUUCUGGUCCUUCUCUUUUUAACACUGAUCCCUUGGCCGGGACCAUCAGUCUUCAAGAUCACUUGCUCACGUGACAACUCCAAAAUCGUAAGGAAAGUAAUACAAAACAAGUGGCUACCAGUUUUAGAAAGAUUUCAGGUAAAAUUGCCUUUAGAAUGCCCAUUUCACCCGGCGCGCGACAUAUUCGCGCCGCAGCAUGCAGCCAAGUUGCAACAUCGUUCUUCACAAUGGACCUGCGCCUUCUGCGGCAAAUCCUUCUACGAGGAACGACAUCUCGACACGCACUUCGACCAGCGACACAAGAACCAGAUUAACAAAGCAGAAGACGCAGUAUGUCUGGCAGACUACUGCGACAUAAUGCGCUGCCAAGUGUUGGUCGCGCACGGUCUGCUGAGCGGAGGCAGCGGGCCGAGUACAGAUAUCGAAUUAUGGCAGGACGCAGAAGCGGCGCGGAAAGCUCUCGCUCCAGCCGCCACCCGGAGUGUAGCACGGGUACCGACGAGAAGGCGUCACCGAACAAGAACUUCGUCGAUGCCUGUAGCGGACUGUCCUAAGACUGAUGCUGUGAAUUCUGAACCUGUUGCUGAAGAGAAGAAAAGAGAAGAGAAUGAUGGCGAUAACAAUCAAACGGCUGAACUAUGCGACGCUGACACUGUUGAAUCGUCAUUACCACCAGAUAGCCGCCAGAAGAGGCUUGCAGACUUACAAGCUGAGAGGGCAGCGUGUGACCCGGCGCAUUUACAGGGUCUUAAGGUGCGCUGUGAAAAAGUUGUUCAUUCCUGUAUCGCAACACUUCUGUUACAUCUUACCCAACAUCAAUUCACGGAACUCGAAGAGGAGAUGCAGCGCGCUGUGUGCUGGUACCUCAGCUGCGACCGCUACUGGGAGGACACGGCGCCCGCCGCGCGCGCGUUUCCCUGGCCGCUGCUGCUCGCACUCGCCACCGGACUCGCCCUCGCCCUCUGCAUGUGCUACUACAUCAUCUGGAUCGUGUUCGACUCAGAGGAAGGCAGCGUGGCCGGCAGCGGCUCGGUGUCCAUGACGACGCACUCGUCGCCAGCGCGCGAACGGCUCGCGCACGAGGACGGCUCCGAAGACGACCACGACGACCACUACAUCUACGUCACCUACCCGCCCGACCUCAAGCGUCGCCUGCUCGAGAGCUGCUACAAUAGAACAACCCGACUUUGAGACAAUUCAUCCCCUUGGGUCGUGCAUGAUUUAUAGAGUAAAGUUUAACUUAGAAGCAACUAUGACAGUCUGAAAUAGCCAAAAAUGCUGUCAAUUUGAUAACAAUUUGUAGGUACCUUAUGUCAAUAAAUAAAUAAUUAAAUAACAAACUUUGCAGUCUAUAGCAAUGAUGAAUGGAUAUUUUUCCCGCAACUAGAAACUUUUUUUAAAUCGUUAUACUUAACACAAAACUAAAUUUUUUGAUGUAAGGUACAAAGCUACUGUUUUUGGGAGAUAAAAGCACUAACUGUUUAAUAGAUAAUUUAAAUAACUAGAUGUAAAAACUUAGUCAAAUAAUCCCUUUUAAAAUUUAAAUAUUUUCUUUAUUUUAGCUCAUACUUUUAAAUAAAA